AUGAGGUUCAUACGACUACUUUCUCAUUCUACUAUUUCAAGGUUUAAAUUGGACCCAAACUAUGCCUUCAAAUGUGGGAUAGAAAUCCAUACUCAAUUGAAGACCAAGUAUAAGCUCUUCUCUUUGUCUCCGACGACCACAUCAUCCCACAUUGUGCCACCCAACUCCAGCAUCAGUUACUUUGACAUUGGACUUUUAGGAACGCAGCCCAAGCUUAAUCCCGAGGCACUACUAUUGGCCUUGAAGUUGGCUGCAGCCCUCGGAUGUGAAGUUCAAACCACCUCUGCCUUCGACAGGAAACAUUAUAUGUAUCCAGAUCAACCAUUAGGGUACCAGAUCACCCAACAUUACCAUCCGAUUGCUAAGAAUGGUUCGUUGACCUUGAGGAGCGGCGUGGACGAUGAGGGCAACUACAGAUUGGAUGCAGACAAGUGCAUCAACAUAGAACAACUACAGAUUGAACAAGACACUGGCAAGUCGAUAUAUACUGACGACGAUGAGAUCAAAAUCGACUACAAUAGAGCAAACAUGCCCUUGGUGGAGCUUGUGACUAAGCCAGACUUUGAGAACUUUACGCAGAUCAGAUGUUUCCUUCGUAAGUACCAGCAGUUGGUGAAAUACUUGAAUAUAUGUUCUGGAGACAUGGAGAAUGGGGCUAUUCGUGUUGAUGUCAAUAUCAGCGUUAAUGGUGGGAAUAGAGUUGAGAUAAAGAACUUGGGGUCGACCACAGAGAUCAAACAAGCAUUACGCUAUGAAUAUAAAAGACAGAUCCAGUUGCUCCAAGUAAAUAUAACCGUGUCUCAAGAAACCAGGGGUUGGAAUGGGACUGAAACUGUUAAGGCACGUUCAAAAGAAGACGCUGUUGAUUACAGAUAUGUACCGGAUUCAGAAUUAUCACAGAUAUAUCUUUCACCCACAAUUGCGAAGGAAAUAUACGAUGAAAUAGAGCCUCAACUUCCUGAAAGGGUGCUACAAAAGUUGGUCCUGUCGCCGUACGAUCUCGAAGUGAAACAUGCAAAGUUCUUAUUGGAUAAUAACGACAAUGUCUUACCAUAUUAUUUCCAAUUGGUUGAGGCUGUUGGUGCGAGAGACCCACACAUUAAGUGUACUACCAUAAAUAACUGGAUGUUCCACGAGGUGCUUGGAAGCUUCCACAAGAACAACCAAAUAUUCGACAUCAACGUCUUGCCCUUUGACAAAUUGGCAUCCUUAAUAACGUUGGUCAAUGGACAUGACUCCCGGUUAACAUUAACAUCCGCUAGAGUUCUCCUUACUCACGUGAUCUCAAAUCCUGGAGACGCACGACCCUUGGAUGCUUUAAUAGAAGAGCUUGAUCUAGAGAAACCACGUGACGUCUCGGAACAUGAUAUACUUGAAGCUGUGCAGGAGAUUUGUCUUGAAAUCAUUGAACAGAAUCCGGACGUUGUCAAGAAGAUCCGUGCAGGGAAGGCCAAGUCGAUUAACCAUUUGGUUGGGUUGGCCAUGAAGGAAUCACAAGGGAAAGUCAAGUCCAGUUUAUUCCUACAGACGUUCCAACGUUUGAUUUAA